AUGAGGGCAACAAUAGUAAACCGCUGGAGCGUGCUGCUGCUCUUCAUAGCCAUCGCAAUCGCAUCCGGAGUCGCAGCUGACAAGAGCUCGGUAACUGCGUCGCGCGCCUUGUUAAGCUUGCAUGAAUUGGACGAAUUGGUUCAGACCUGUCCCGUUGUCCAAGAGCUCAACGCCGAGAAACUCGCGAGCGCCUCCGAAACAUCCAGCUUCGCCGAGCGGGCCUUCGCGGUCCUGUUUCCCGGCAGCCCCGCGACCAACGCGCUCCUAGCGACCCUCUACAUCUCCGGGCCCCCCAACUUCCUACUCGCGCUCUACCCGCCCAACAUCGACCCCUCGUCGCUAUCUAUCAUGGUGGCGUUUACGGUAGGGGGGUUGCUCGGCGACACGCUCUUCCACCUGCUGCCCGAGAUCUUCCUCGGCGAGGACAGCCCCGAACACGUGCGCUUUGUCCUCGUCGAGCCGAAUCGCAACCUUAUUCUCGGCGUGGCUAUCAUGAUCGGCUUUAUGACGUUCGUGGCGAUGGACAAAGGACUGCGGAUCGCGACGGGUGGGGAGGGACAUGAUCAUAGUCAUGGGAGCCACGCUCAUGAUGAUGCUCUGGCGCAGACGAAGGCUACGUCGACGUCUGUGGAGGUUUUGAGUGAAAGUGUCACACAGCGCAAGAAGGGCGGCAAGGGCGAUGUCAAAGUAAGCGAGCAGGAGAGUGAAAAGGAGAUCAACCCAAGUGCUAAGCUGGGGGGGUAUCUCAACCUGAUCGCGGACUUCACGCACAAUAUCACGGAUGGGCUAGCCAUGUCUGCCUCUUUCUAUGCAUCACCUACGAUUGGCGCCACGACUACGGUAGCUGUGUUCUUCCACGAGAUUCCUCAUGAAGUUGGCGAUUUCGCUCUUCUCGUCCAGUCUGGCUUCUCGAAGCGGGCGGCGAUGGGGGCUCAGUUCGUGACCGCUCUAGGUGCUCUCUUAGGAACAUUGAUCGGCAUCGCGGUGCAAGAAUUCGGCGGCAGCAAUGUUGAGGGCGGCGGAAUUGGCAUGACGGAAGGCAUCUGGGGCACCAGCUUGACAUAUGGUGAUCUACUGCUCCCCUUCACUGCUGGUACCUUCUUGUAUGUGGGCACGGUCGCGGUGAUCCCAGAGCUUCUGGAGACUGGACCGAACAAGGCCCUCGAGCUUCGAAAGACUCUUGUGCAGUUUGCUGCCAUUGCGUUGGGGGCCGGGAUCAUGUUGUACAUUUCGUGGAAUUGA